CAGAGCGCCGUGUUUACCGUGCCGCCCGGCCCGGGGUGGUGAUAACGGUGCUAGAGCGGGACUACAUAAACGAGAGUCGCCCGCCGUGGUCUGCAGGCUGCAUCUGGAAGCAUCACCAAGUCCAGCAGCUUCUCCUUACAGUUUACACCAUUUCCUCCGUUUCUUUAUUUUGUACUUUCCUUGGUAUUUCUUUUGGUAUUUUCCUCUGUCUGUCUCUAUUUUUCUCUUUUGGAUUUUCUUUCCCGAUUUUUAUCUCCGCUACUCAGGAAAUGCGGCUCCUCGUCCUUCUUCUUGUCGCCGUCGAGGUCUCGGCCUUGCCGUUACAUACAUCGUGGUUGGCCUCCCGAGCCGAAGCGCCCACGGCCGACGUGAUCCAAAAGACGGACAAGUACGCGCUGGACCUCUCGCUCAAGGAAUUCAACAAGGUGGCCGAGAAGAAGGAGCCCGGGCUGGACUGGUCGACCGACGGCUGCUCCAAGGUGCCGGACGACCCGCUCGGGUUCCCGUUCAAAAAGGCCUGCGAGCGCCACGACUUUGGGUACCGCAACCUUGCCAACCAGGACCGCAUAAACAGCGACACGAGGAAGCAGGUCGACCAGCGCUUCCGGAAAGACCUGAAGGACACGUGCUCCGAGCAGGAAAAGGGCACCCGCACCGUCUGCAAGGUGGUGGCCGACACCUACUACGCCGGAGUGCGCGUGUUUGGCGGCGCGCACGCCAAGAAGAAGAACAACGGCAACGAGGCUGCCAAGGACGGCGCCAAGGAGGAGGCGGCCGACAUCGAGGCGCGCGACGUGGACCCAGAGGCCUACGCCGAGUACCUGCGCAGGAAGGCCAUCUCGGACGCCGUCGUCGCCGACGUGCUGGCAAGGCGAGAGGCGGGACUGCCGGACACGAUGGAGGACGGUGACGAGAUGGAGGUGAGGUGGUAAAGGGCCGGGUCCAGAAAUUUGCUAGAGUACUUUUUUUUUCGUCGUGUUUAAUUUUAUAAUAGAUGAUCUUAUUGUUGUAUCCAACGUCCA